AUGUUACCUACAUCUAUUCCAGAUAUUCAACGCCAAAAUCUUACCCAAACAAUUCUUAUGCUCAAGGCAAUGGGCAUUAAUGAUCUCUUACAUUUUGACUUCAUGGAUCCCCCUCCUACCAACACCAUGCUUACAGCCCUCGAAGAGUUAUAUGCCCUCUCUGCCCUUGAUGAUGAGGGACUGCUAACUCGACUUGGCCGAAAAAUGGCUGAUUUUCCAAUGGAUCCCGGCCUAGCGAAGGUUUUGAUUGCGUCCGUGGAUAUGGGUUGCUCCGAGGAAGUGUUGACAAUCGUUGCUAUGCUUUCUGUGGCUCAAGGGAUAUUUUAUCGACCCAAAGAAAAACAACAGCAGGCCGAUCAAAAGAAAGCAAAAUUCCAUGACCCCCAUGGCGAUCACCUUACUCUACUCAAUGUUUAUAAUGCGUGGAAACAAUCUCGUUUCAGUACCCCUUGGUGCUUCGAAAAUUUCAUUCAAGCUCGCCAAAUCCGACGUGCGCAGGAUGUACGCCAACAGCUGGUCACUAUCAUGGAUCGGUACCGACACAAAAUUGUAUCGUGUGGUAGAGACACCACAAGAGUUCGCCAGGCGUUUUGUUCUGGAUUCUUCAGAAACGCUGCCAGAAAAGACCCACAAGAAGGAUAUAAGACUUUGAUUGAAGGUACACCCGUGUACAUGCAUCCUAGUUCAGCACUAUUCGGAAAAGCUGCCGAACAUGUCAUCUUUGAUACUCUCGUUCUCACAACAAAGGAGUAUAUGCAGUGUGCUACGACUAUCGAGCCAAAGUGGCUUGUCGAGGCAGCACCAACAUUCUACAAACAAGCAAGUACCAAUAAGCUAUCAAAGAGAAAAAGAGCUGAGCGCAUUCAGCCAUUACAUAAUCAGAUCGCUCCGUCGAUGACUGGCGACUAUCCGCCCAAAGACGGCAAGGCCGUGGUGGUGGCGGCGGAACCUGGGGUUGAUUUCCACCGUUUGAGUCUCCAGCUUUCAAUUCCUCGUGUUUGA